AUGAACGGAACAAAAACUAACCACCAGAAAAAACAAGUGGAGACAAAACACCAAACUGAGAAAGAAAUAAAAAAGCCAAGUAAACAAGAUAGCGCAGUGACAAGUAAAAAAUUGGUAGCUGACUUAUUAAAAGUGCAAUCGGAAAUAAAAUGCAAUGAAAUUAUUAAUCUAGUGAACGAUCAGAAGGACGUAUCACUUUCUGAUUCUUUUCACCAGCAGAGAAGCGAUUGGAAAGAGGUAAAAUAUUCAAAGGGACGCAAUAGACAAACAAUUAUUGGAAACAAUGUAAAUGUGACCAUAAAAGGAGUACCCAAGCUGGCUGCUCUACAUGCUUAUAGGAUUGAUACAACAGUAGAGGAAUUGGAGAGUAUGCUGAAAAUGCAUUUUCCAGAAGUCAAAUGUGAUUCAAUCUCAGCAAGACACCCGGAACUGUACUCUUCGUACAAGGAUAAUUUAAAAUAUAUUAGGAAGCAGGAACAGGAAAUUACAUUGAAUGAACAUUUCUUCCUAAGAUAUAAUCCAAACCUACAGUACAGAGCGGCAAUAUUGAACUGGUUACUAAAGGAACAGGUGCACCUGAAUUUUUCGGAGAGUGAAUAUUACUUGGCUGUAAAUUUAUUGGACCAUGUAUUGGCAAACGUUGUUGUCCCCAUAAAUAUGUAUCAACUGACCAUUAUAAGCACUCUGUGGAUAGCUAUGAAACUUAUUGGUUCCAAUUUUCCCAAGGCAUCUACUUUAAUAAGUCUGUGUAAAAGUUCAUAUGUAACAGAUCAGCUCCUUGGGAUGGAACGGAAGCGAGACGUUAUUAAAAAAAGCAAUGAGAUGUUGAAGACAAAGAAACUUGAGUCCUGUCCUCUCCAGAACCGACCGAAGAAGCUGGAAGCUCAAACAUGGGAGAUAUUCGACUAA